CCUCCAUGCGACGUAUGCUGUUACGUAAUUCCAAGGAUUUAGGGAGAGGAAGUGAAACUACUAAUGAAACGCAGCAUUGUUGGAGCCAGCAAAACAUCGUGAAAAGGGGAAACGCGUGUAGCGUGUAGAUUAUAUACAGCCGUAAUGCACUUCCACAUUAAACACAUAAUGCGCCUGAACCACUGCGCACCUCUUCAGCACAAGAGGACACUCGGGAGGAAACUGUUUACUGUUUCAGCUGCACAACAACGUGGCGUAUCUGCAGCAGGUUCGCAUACUCCUGCAGACUUUAACAAGUAUUAUGCCCUGCAGUGCUGCAGGAACUAUGUAUCCGACACGGCGUAUGCCCGAGCCUUCGCCACAGCGAGGGACAACCCGGAGGAAUUCUGGGGUGUGGCGGGAAAGGAUAUUAACUGGUUUGAACCGUGGAGUAAAACUUUGCAUGUUGAGGAUCCAAUGUUUCCAAACUGGUUUGUUGGAGGGAAGUUGAACAUGUGCUACAAUGCUGUGGAUCGUCAUGUAGAGAGUGGCCGUGGAGAGCAGCCUGCCAUCAUUUAUGACAGCCCAGUGACUGGAACAAAACAGAUCAUCACUUUCAGGGAACUUCAGGACCAGGUGUCCAGGCUAGCAGGAGUCCUAGUGAAGAAUGGGGUACGGAAAGGAGAUCUGGUAGUCAUCUACAUGCCCAUGGUGCCUCAGGCCAUGUUCACCAUGUUGGCUUGUGCAAGGAUCGGUGCCCCACACAGCCUCAUCUUUGGAGGCUUCGCUUCCAAAGAGCUUUCUGUCCGUAUCAAUCAUGCCAAGCCCAAGCUGAUGGUUACAGCCUCAUUUGGAAUUGAGCCAGGCAGAAGAGUAGAGUACAUCCCUCUGGUGGAGAAGGCCUUGGAGCUGAGCUCUCACAGGCCCUCUAAAGUCCUCAUCUACAACAGGCCUAACAUGGUGAAAGUAUCAAUGAAUCCGGAGUUGAGUCUAGACUGGGAGGAAGAGAUGGCCACAGCUGAGCCGCAUGACUGUGUUUCUGUUCCCUCGAACCACCCUCUCUACAUCCUCUAUACAUCUGGCACCACUGGAACACCAAAGGGUGUAGUGCGAGACACUGCAGGCUAUGCUGUGAUGCUGAAAUGGACCAUGUCAAAUAUUUAUGGACUCAGUCCUGGAGAUGUUUGGUGGGCAGCGUCAGACCUGGGCUGGGUGGUCGGCCAUUCAUAUAUCUGCUACGGUCCUCUGCUCCAUGGUAACAGCACUAUUCUCUAUGAGGGUAAGCCUGUGGGAACUCCAGACCCUGGGGCGUUCUUCCGUGUCCUGUCUGAAAACGGAGCCUCCUCCAUGUUCACAGCACCCACCGCCAUUCGAGCUAUUCGCCAGCAGGACCCCCAUGCUGAAAUUGGGAAAAAAUACCCCCUGUCCAGGUUGCGGUAUUUAUUCGUGGCAGGAGAGCGUUGUGAUGUGGAGACGCUGGAAUGGGCAAAGAGGGUCUUUGGGGUUCCUGUCCUGGAUCACUGGUGGCAGACUGAAACUGGCUCAGCCAUCACCUCUUCAUGUAUUGGUCUGGGGAACUCACUCACGCCACCCGCAGGUCAGGCUGGCAAACCUGUUCCAGGUUACAAUGUUACAGUGAUCGAUGAUAACAUGCUGGAGGUGAAGCCAAGAACCCUGGGAAAUAUUGUGGUGAGGCUACCUUUACCUCCUGGUGCAGCAUUGUCACUUUGGCAGAACCACAAACUGUUCAAGGAGCUCUACUUCACUAAGUUCCCUGGUUACUAUGACACCAUGGAUGCAGGUUAUGUGGAUGAGGAGGGUUUCCUUUACAUCAUGUCCCGGUCUGAUGAUGUCAUCAACGUGGCAGGCCACAGGCUGUCUGCUGGCGCAUUGGAGGAGUCAGUGCUGCAGCACUCUGCAGUGGGAGACUGUGCUGUGGUGGGUCUAGAGGACACUCUGAAGGGUGUUGUUCCAUUGGCCUUGUGUGUGCUCAAAAAUGGUGUGCAUAAAAAUGAAGAGGAGAUCAUAAAUGAGAUGGUGAGGCUUGUGAGAACCACCAUUGGACCAGUGGCUGCCUUUAGGAAAGUGCUAUUUGUCAAAGGCUUGCCAAAGACGCGCUCUGGCAAGAUCCCUCGCUCCUCUUUGGCCAACCUGGUUAAUGGCAAGCCCUACAAGAUCAGUCCAACCAUCGAGGACCCAGACGUGUUCAAAGACAUUGAGAGGCAGGUAGAAAAAGCCCUGAGACCUCACGGAGCCUGAACUCAUCUGUUGGAUGACGAAGAAAACUGAGGUUGGAUAACUUUUGCCAACACAAGCCGUACACAGGGUCCUGCAAAAGUGAUCUAAAAGUAGAAGUAACGAUUAUUCUUCUUUUUCUAAGUCAGAUAUACUAAGAUAGUAAUGUCAGAAAGUUUUACCUUCUCAUCUUUUAUCAACGUGUGUAUUUGUAAUCUGAAACCGUACUGUACUACAAGCUUUGUACAUUCAUAAUUAAUGAACAGAGAGGCUAGGUACGGUUAUGGUUUAUCCAAAGUGACGCUCUUGAGCCAUGAACAUUUUGAAUUAUGAAGAAUAAUGAAGACAACUCAUUUACUGACGGUAGUUGGUUUUCUUUUAUUGACGAUGAAAAUUUGCUUGCUCACCACUUAGUUUUGACCAAAGUACAAGAAUAAAAAAAAAAUGAACACAAAAUAAAAUGAUUCAUUGUUCGUGCAAAUUGAAGAUGUAAAAACAAAUUAAAAGCGUAAGACUUGUUUGAGUCGUCAGAAAUAACUAAAAGACAGAUAACAGGGCUGUACAAUAGGUUACCCUGAAAACUCUGACAGAAACAAAGAGUUACACCAAUGUAAGUCACUGCAAGCAACAGGUUUUUGUCAUUAAGUCACCUCACUUCAACAUGGUCAUAUACACUCUACGCACACGAUGAGCUAAAGCAGUCUGUCUUUCAGUUAUUUCCUGUGUUCUGUUAACGUAGUGUCUUAAGGGAGGGGGAGAAGGCCAGCUUGGCUGUGUGUGUAGUUGUCCUUUGUAUCGCCUGACAAAACAUACAGUACAACAAGUGACAGGUUCUGUGAACGACCACCUGCUUUUUUGUUCAGAGAAGUUUUUGUGCAACUUCGGAGAGCAGUGGCAUCUCUUGUUUUGUCCUUGGCUACUGAACAGGCCGUUUGAGUUGAUGCGGUUGUAUCAAAGUGCUUGUCAUGUCGUUCCAGUGCAUCGACCUGUCUCCUUAAAAUGCUUCUAUUAUGACAGCGAGUCCAUAAGAAAGGAUAAUGAAGUUUGUUGGUGCCAGAAAUGGGGCUCAGUGGUACUUGUGCACCACUAGAGGGCAGGUUUUCACACAACAUCCAGUCUCUUCCUCACUUACGAUGUAGCACAGGAUCAUCAAAAUAAUAAUCAUCAUCAGCACAAUGAAAAAAUAAAACCAUAUGUACAAAAUGAUCUAGAGGGGCGGGGUAAUAUGGAGACAGUUUAAAGAGCAGCAUAUAUUAAUCUAUGGUCCACUAAAUGAGGUGGCAGGGACAUUUUUUGCACAAACUCUGAAUAUCUUUUUAUACAUAGAUGUGUGUAUAUAUUAAAAAAAUGGCAUAUAUAUUUACAGAUAACCUACACAUCUCCUGUAGAAGAAACACAGUACGUUAUGCUUCGACAAGUUACUGUACAUGUAAAAGGUAGAAAUGGUGACAACAGGGUAGCCUGCAGGACAGUUUAGCACCGGCAUCUGGUGCCCACAUUAUGGGGGCGUGGAGUAGGGUUGGGUAAGGGGGGUCAGAAGAGAGCAGGACUUCUUGGCAGUGCGUGUCAUCAGAAUUUGUUUGUUCAUGGGCAGGUUGGCCCAUCCAGCAGCAUCCUCUAGUUAAUCUUCAUUCAGAACUGAACCUAAAGGGAUACAGAAUCGGUAGUUUUUAGAUGAGGUACUGGAAUCAUCAGUCAAUUUAAUGCCAUACUAGUUAUAGCUCAUUAUGGCCUUAUAACUUCAAAGGCGACUUUGGUAGUUUUAGCAAAGUAAUUGUUCACCCAGCUGUAUUGAUCAGCAAUAUAAUAUGCUUUAACCUUCCUUUUUAGCAUUUUGUUAUUAGAAAUACACAAUAUUCAGUAUUUUGCCUUGUGAUUGGUGUGGACAUCCUUAAACCUAUUUUUGACAUUAAAGCCUUAUGGGGGAUGCAGGAGACUCAGUCAAGGGUAGAUUUGCUUUGGCAUUAAGCAAUGCAUCUGUCCACACCAAUAGCAUAAUGGCUUGUGCUUCAGCUGCAAUCCUUGCAUUUCAAGUUUGUUUUCUUCUGACUUGGCAGCGGAAGUACAGUAACUGACUAAUUUAGCUGUGAAUGCUGCUGAAACGCACCUUAUCUAGUGUUGCAGAAGUUAUAAGUUGCGACUACUCACGUUAAAAUGUCUUCACCUCCUAAUAAGUUUUUAUGCCUUGUUUACCAACACUGAAUUAAACGAAUUUAAUUCAGUGUGCACCAAGCAGCUAUGGGUAAGGCAGUCAUACUGUGUGUAGCAAACGGUUAAACUGAAUCUGUUUGAUUCUUGUGCACAUGUACUGUACCGGUAUUCAACCCUUCACUCUCACUGAACUUUGCACAGUAUUCUGUCUUUUUUGCUGUGUGGGAGUACUUGUAGCUGAUGAAAGCAUUAGCAACAGCCUGCAGGGUGCUCUAUGGGGUGAGCAAAUUCUUUGGAAACACAAAAUGAUGGUUGUGAAGGCAACUCAAACUUUUCCCCACUGAACUUAACUCCUUCUGCGCUGCUUUUAUUUCCCUUUGCUACUGGUUUUAUUUUCCAAACACUCCUAUUAUGGUAACCCUGCAGGCACGGCAUUAUCUGUCUGUGCUUCUUAUCUUUGCACUUAUUACAUUCUGGAGACUUGUAAUGAUAGUGGUCCAGCACUAAAGUCUUAGCCAGAUGCCUAAACCAGUAAAUAAACUGAUGGCAUUACUGUGUCUCUGAGUACAUGAAAGGUGCGAACAAUUCUGAUAAUAGAUAAAUAAGGAUCCUUAUGUAUGUUGUUAGACUGCAAAAAACUAAGAUGAUGGAGUAAAGUUAUGAUCAUUUGAUUUUUUUGGCCACUUGAGUUGUUUGGAGAAGGCUGACUCCGAGGUGUGUUCUUUGGACUGACAUGAGGGUGAGUAGAGCAUGACUAAAAUGCCUAAUUUGUGGUAAACCACGCCUACAGUCACAAUUUUCUUCUAUCACAGCUGCUUCUCUUCUCUUUUGUACACAGCUGACAGUCUGUCCACCUGGGCUUUUCAUGCUUAACGAUACAUCCAAAGCAGAAUUCAGUGUUUUCUUUGCAGCUGGUUGCCACUUCAAUUGUGAUGGAAUUUCUCUACAACACCGAUGCAGAGAGACAGCAUAGUCAGCAGGAGUAGGUUCUCACCGUGGAGCUGUCCAGCCGCUGCACUGCAGAGGGUCCGACUGUAGGGGAAGACGGCGAGAGAGAAAGAUCUGAGUCCAAAUAUUUAAACCUCCUCUUUAUCAGAUGGACCCAGAGUGAGAAGGAAACAUUUCUCCACUUGGUCACCACCCCAAACAUGAGGCGCAAGAUUUGACGUCCUCAACGCUGUGAGUGAGAUCACAAGCAAAACAUGUUUCUCACACGAGAUUACUUGUGUCACCCCUCAGAGGAGAAAGCCACAUAUCACACACUGAAAGGUUUUGUGUUUUUAUUUAUUGUUUUUUUUUUACUUUUUGAGUGGAUAACACCAGCAACAAGAUCUGAAUGUAUUGUGGACGUCACAGACCAGGGAGUACAGAGAAAAGAGACAGAGGAACACAGGAACGCUGUUUCAGUGUCACUGGGAACACCUUUGUUAGAGGAGAGCAUUGGCCAAAAUAAGUGCAUUCAGAUUUUCAGUCAUGUAUCACAACUCAGGUAACAGCAAUUGACUUAACAAUCUCAAUUUAAGGACCACUUAUUUACUUGUAUGGGGCUUUAUUUAAUUUUCUCAGUUUCACCAUGUACAGUUCAACAAGCUGAGCGAACUAAUGUACUAAUGAAGAUGGUAUUGGUUGAAAGAUCCAGAACCAGUGAGUAAGUGGAUGUUGAGUUGAUAUUGUUUUGUCAAUUUUGUUUUAUUAUAGUAGCUCUGGCCAUCGUUCCAACUAGUGCUAAUAACUUGAAGUUAAUUGCUGAGAUCUGGGAAUUCUACAUGAGCAUUCAGGAGAUCAUACAGGUUUUUAACAAAUGCCCCAGGCAUCCAAACAAUUUUGGAAGAGAAAAACGAAGGCAAACCUUUUAAUCCUGUCUGUUGUAAACAUCCAUGACAGUUUAUAGAGUGGUUUAGAUAGUCGGGCUAAAUUCUUUACUACCUGUUGGACUUGUUCAAGCAAUAUUUUCCCAGAUAUCAGCAACUAUUUAUUGUUAAUCAAAACAAAUUGGAAUGGUGGCCACAAACUACUGAACCAAAAACCAAGUUGCAAUAACUCAGAAUUAUUCUUGAAUGAAAGCCUAUUUUAGCCAGUGUCCUCUUUUAACAGCAGAGGGAUGAGGAAUGGAACAAACUGUCAGUUUUAGUUCUUGAGACAUCCAAGACAUACUAUUACCUAUGUAAACCUCCUGAUUCAGGCCAACUUACAUAGCACUGCUCAGCCACCUUUUGUUUUGCUGCUUUAUUUCUGUAACUUCAAGGGUUACACCAGCAAGCAUGGGUCCUAAUCCAUAACUUGACCCCCUAGCUUCUACCACCAGGGUGACUAAACAACUAUUUUGCAACUCUGCAAAACAACACCCUUGGAGUUGGAUUUCAGAGAGACUGAAGAGUAGCAGAGAGAGAGAGAGAGAGAGGUGAGGGUGAGAGACCACAAAGAAAAGGAGAGGUACAGCAGGACAGUGGUUGGCAGAGACCAUGUGAAGAGGAGGGAGUAUAUGUAGAAUAAUAAUACACGAAGGGCCGACAAGCCCAGGACCUUCAUAGGGGCAUAGCUGACCUUGAAACCAAUCCAAAUACAUGUCGUCAGGACUGUCAUCCAGCGCCUCAUAGAGGACUACAGAGCAGCCGUCAGAGAGAACAAGAGACAUGGUCACAACACAGCAAGGAGCAGCAACUCCUGCUCUCAGGUCUGGUGCUUUGAUCUACCUGUGCAACAGGUGGAUUUAACCUUUGCUUUGUAGAUGCCUUUGAAAGACACUUUUCAGAAAAUUAUGCAAUAGGGGUCACAUCUGUGAGAUAAGGUGCAGAGACAUGUGCUUACCCUCAGGGGGCAGUCUUCGGGAGUGACCGGAAGUUGUGGUGAGACGAAAUCCAGCAGGGAGCGUCUCUGCUGAUCCGGGCAUCAUACUUAUUCCGUGAACGUCUCGGGGCGGGAACUGCCUCCUCCAUGAUGGACCCCGGAAGUCUUUGUCGUCACACUGAUGGACAUAAAUUGCAUUCAUGUUUUUAGACUCAAACUGUAAAACUUAAGUGUACAGUAAGUAAUACCAUAAGAGCUUAUAAAUCAUGUAGAAAUACAACUUGGCCUGUCAGAUUAACAUGUUAAAGAACGCAAAUUCAUUGAUCGGUCAUGUUCAUAUGUGUUUACUUCAUGGGUUGGAUGACGAAUGGUCUUCUCUUCCAAAUCUUAUCUAACUUAUCACUUUUCUAAUGGUCUGUUGUUAUGAAAAAGCAAAAAGUUGACCACUGUACUCACAAAAAUCAUUUGUCUUUGGUAAUGAACAGAUCUGAGUGUGCAGACUUGUAGUACUGUGUGAAAAGAUUUACGCUUUUAGAAACUUUUACAUGGAUCACUGUACUGUGAAGGAGAAUCAUUUUUUUGAAUAGGAUUUCCUCAUCUAUAAUUAAAACUGGAAAAACCAUAAUUUACUAUUA